CACAAUCAAAGACAACCGGCAUCAAUCGGCAAAUCGGUCAAGAUAGCACACGUGUUUUCCUCCGAAGAGAAACGAAAGACGUUUGUCUGAUCCCGCGUGCGUCGCGUAGACGAACGACAACGACGACGACGACGACGACGACGACAACGACGACGGCCGCCGAGCUUAACAGUUCGUUUAUCAGUCAAGCAAGACCGCGUGUGGCACACGGUUCACAUCGUCGGUUGCAUCAAUCAUAUAAUAUAUACAUAUAUAUAUAUAUAUAUAUAUAUAUAUAUAUAUAUAUGUAUGUAUAUACACAUAUAUAUAUUUAACGUUUGACAUAGAAUCGAUCGCGAAGUUCUUCAUUAAAAUAAACGAAGCUGGAAUAUACGUGGAUUUAUUUAAUAACCAUAAUUCCUAAAUAUCAUUUAUCUAUUAUUUCGACAAGUUUUAUUGAGAUAACAUUCGUUGAUUCGAAAUCUCGUGAUCCAUCCAAAGGUGAUUUUAACGAGCACAUUCGUUCCGUCGUUGUUGACCGUGAACGAGACACGAUAGACGUCACAUCGAAAAAGAUCGACACGCUGGCGCUAAUUCAACGACAUGUAAUUGUUAUAGUUUCAUGAUCGUCUACGUUUAACCACUGGAGCAAUCGCGAUGACGACAGUGCAACGACAUUGAAAUCAAGAUACUCUAGAUUAAGGCUGACGGAACUGGGCAGAGCUGACGUGAAAUUGUCUCAGGUUGAUCCUGGAAUCGGCGACUUUAGAAUAAAAAAUUGUCGUACCGUACGUCAGCACCGAAUUCGGCAUGGUCGCUUUGCCGGUCUCGGGGACUGAACCAUCCUUGCUGAACGUGACGAAUAUUCAAUCGAACGGUUCAGAGAACUGCAAUGAAAGCAGAAGUGCCGAAGUAAUAAGACAAAGGAUUAUGGACAGAGCUUUCGUUAUUCCACGUGUUAAUAUGUCGCCUAAUAAUGGUAAUGACAAUUACGCUUUAGAGUUCGAGAAGAUCGACAAAUCGGACAAGAAGAAUUUCAAUGUAACAGGUGACAGUAUCAAGGCGGAACCUGUAGUAUUGAAGAAGGUGGCAGCCGGCCUAAAAGUUCCUAAUGGACAAACGAACAAAAAGGAUAUGCCAUUGCUGAAUCUUGGCAGCGGGGGCGGCAGUGGUGGUGGUGGUGGUGUUAGUAGUGGUUCGUUAUCCAGUGGAAGUUCCAUAGUGACCAUCUCUUCCGUUGCAAAUUCAGACCCCGAUCCUGAUUAUCGGAAUGAUCCAACCGGAAAUGGAAAUGGGAGACAUCUAAGGACCGAGAAAUGGUAUCACACGACCCUACAAAUUUCUGUUCCUUUCUUCAUCGCUGGAAUCGGAACUAUUGGAGCUGGUCUUGUUCUCGAUAUGGUUCAGCAUUGGCCAGUAUUCAAAUCGGUCAGCCAAUUACUCAUCUUGGUGCCUGCUCUGUUAGGAUUGAAAGGAAAUCUCGAUAUGUGUUUGGCAUCGCGAUUGAGUACUCAAGCAAACUUAGGAAAUAUGCAUACAUUACGUGAAAUUAUAAAAAUGAUCAUUGGUAAUAUCGCGCUGGUACAAAUUCAAGCGAUCGUAGCAGCCAUUUUGGUAGCAAUAUUUGCAAUAAUUGUUGGUGCCAUACAGGAUACUGUACAUCGAAACGAAGGGAGUGCAAUUGUACCCUUCGAAUGGAAUUAUGCUUUAUUAUUGGCUACUUCAAGCGUUUGCACGGCAACCAGUUCCUGUUUCAUUCUAGAUCUUAUAAUGAUAGCCGUGAUCAUGAUAUCCCAUCGAUGCAAAAUGAAUCCCGAUAACCUAGCAACGCCGUUGGCUGCAUCGGUAGGUGAUGUCGUAUCGAUCAGUGUCCUAUCGGCAAUAGCCUCUGCAUUUUUCGUAAGAUUGCAAGAACAAGUUUGGAUACUUUACGUCGUCAUAAUUUGUUAUCUUUUAUUUUUACCAUUUUGGAUUUACGUGGUUAUGAAAAAUAAAUACACGAGAAACGUUUUAACGUCUGGUUGGGUACCUGUCUUAUCUGCACUGUUCAUCAGUGGCCUCGGUGGAUUGAUCCUAAACGAAGUUGUUGACAAAUUCAAAGGAUUCGUAGUAUUUCAACCUAUUAUAAAUGGAAUUGGUGGUAACUUGGUGUCAGUUCAAGCAUCUCGAAUCUCAACAAUGUUACAUCAAACUAGUAUUUUGGGUAUAUUACCUCCACAUGCGAAAAUGUGGGUUGCUCCGUGGACAGCUCUAUUCAAAGGAGCACCGUAUGCCAAAACUGCGAGGAUAUUAAUUGGAAUGGCGAUUUGCGGUCAAUUGGUAUUCGUAUUUGCGGCGGAUUAUAUCAAAUGUCAGAGGUCGACUGUGGAUGCUUAUUUUGUUGUUUCUUAUAUCGUAGUAUCUACUUUACAAGUAAUGCUAUUGCUCUAUAUAGCACACGUGAUAAUUCAUGCAAUGUGGAGGCAUAAAAUAGAUCCAGACAAUUCUGCAAUUCCUUAUUUAACGGCAUUAGGUGAUCUAACGGGAACAAUGUUUUUAGCGUUAGCCUUCUGGUUCUUAACAUCGAUCCAUCAGGAAUAUCGUUCCUGCGAGGAUCUCGAUGUUGUUAAUGAUUCAACAUCGAUUCCAACAUAAAUUUUCUCAUUUGAUUGAGAAAUUCUCAAUGUUGAUAAUAAUGUAUAUGAUAGAAAAAAAAAAAAAGAAAGAAAAAAAAAAUAACUGACAGUUAGAUGAUUCUUCUAACAAA